UGCCUAGUUGUAAAUAUAUUUUGACAAAGUGUUUCUCGUUCGCCAAAACUCAUAACGAAUUACGUCUUAUAAAGAAAAAUUUUCCAAAUUGAAAAGGCUUAUAAAGAGUUAGUAAUAUACGCGUUUAAUAUCGCCAAAAAGUGCAAACAGUGAUCGCGAUCGGGCAAAGAAGCGCCUAGUGCCGAGUAAACGGCAACGAGGACGACCAACGGAGCACAGCAGUGUAGCAAAAACGUGACCACUUCAUAGCCACAGUAUAAGGCUUCCAUUAAAAUUAAUUUGCGUCCAAUAAAUUCACCUAGCUGUAUAAGAUAUCAAGCAGAAAGAUUACAAGAUUGUUAUAGCGAAAUUAGAACAGCAAUUGUUAUAGAAUCAUAAAAAAGUGCAGGGCAAAAAUUCAGUGGAAUUAUGAGUGUUGUACGCCACUUUGUGCUGCUGUCACAGCUGCCAAGAUUUGGACAAAAUUAUUAUUGGCUUAGAGGUGUGUGUUGUGCCAGUGUUGUUACGCAGAUCAAAAACCCCAAUGACACGGUGACCUCCUCAGCACGUUGCUUGCACAAUCACACAGAUCGCGGCGAUGCUUUUCGCACAUCCGUCACAACGACCAGCGCGACGUCGGGUAGUGGCAGCACCACCACCAGUGGCACUACAUCGGGCACAGGCGCCAGCAGUGGCGGCGGUUCGAUUGGUGGUGGCGUUGGUGGCGGUGGCGGUGCUUCGACCACAGGCAGCGGCGGUGAGCCGCCGAACGAUAAGAAUAUACUCUCCUGCCCGAAAUGCGGUAAUCCAUGCACGCAGGUGGAGACGUUCGUUAGUUCGACGCGUUUCGUAAAAUGCGCCAAAUGUAAUCACUUCUUUGUCGUCCUCUCUGAGGUCGAUACGAAGAAGAAUACGAAAGAGGAGCCGAAAAAUUAUCGCAAACCACCACCACCACCACAAAAAAUUAUGGAAUAUUUGGACCGGCAUGUGGUGGGCCAAGACUUUGCGAAGAAAGUACUCUCCGUUGCUGUUUACAAUCACUACAAACGUAUUCACCACAAUUUGCCACAAGUGCAGACGCAAACGACCAUACAGACCGCCGAAGCAAUGGGUCGCACAGAUUUGCUGCACAUCUCCGGUAUUGGACAUACAAUUUCCAACACACAGGGCACUGAGUUGCCGCCGAAGGGACAUCUCCCGGGCAGCAGCGUUGGCGGUGGUGCACAUCAUGCGUUUUCAGAUUCCGGUUCAGAAAUAUUGGAUAAGCAAAAUUACGAAGUUAAAUUGGAGAAGAGUAAUAUUUUGAUGUUGGGUCCAACUGGUUCGGGAAAAACUUUGAUCGCCCAAACUAUUGCGCGCUGUCUAGAUGUACCGUUUGCGAUCUGCGACUGCACUACACUCACACAGGCCGGCUAUGUGGGCGAGGAUAUCGAAAGCGUAAUUUCAAAGUUGUUGCAAGAUGCUAAUUACAAUGUUGACCGCGCUCAGACGGGCAUUGUAUUCUUGGACGAAGUCGAUAAAAUCGGCGCGGUGCCUGGUAUUCAUCAGUUGCGUGAUGUAGGCGGUGAAGGUGUUCAACAGGGCAUGCUGAAAAUGCUGGAAGGCACCAUUGUUAAUGUACCCGAACGCAAUUCCCCGCGUAAACUGCGUGGCGAGACUGUACAAGUGGACACAACGAAUAUACUAUUUGUGGCGUCAGGUGCUUACACCGGGUUGGAUCGACUCAUUGCAAGGCGGCUUAACGAAAAGUAUUUAGGUUUUGGUAUACCCUCAACAAAUUCGUCGGGUCGUCGCGCCGCUCAGGCCACUGCCAGCCCAAUGGAAAGUGAUCAGGAGGAGCGUGACAAAUCGCUGAAAAAAGUGCAAGCCAGAGAUCUCGUCGAAUUCGGAAUGAUACCUGAAUUCGUAGGACGUUUCCCCGUCAUUGUGCCCUUCCACAGUCUCAAUGUGAGUAUGCUGGUGCGCAUUCUAACCGAACCGAAGAAUGCUUUAAUUCCGCAAUACAAGGCGCUAAUUGGCAUGGAUAAGGUGGAGUUAACGUUCGAUCGUGAUGCUAUCGAAUCGAUAGCCGCCAUGGCGAUGGAGCGUCAUACCGGUGCGCGUGGUCUGCGUUCAAUAAUGGAACAAUUGCUGCUCGAUCCAAUGUUUUUGGUGCCUGGCUCCGAUAUCACCGGUGUACAUAUAACCGCGGACUGUGUAAAGGGCGAUGCUCAGCCAGUGUACGUACGAAAGGAUAAUGGCGAUGAGAGUACCGCUGAUGAAAACGAGAGUGAGGGUAAAAACUAUGAGGAUAGCGAAAGCGCCAAAGUACGCAUAACGCAAUAGAAUGGCGCAGUACAGCACAUGCUGCUACAGUUGUUGCUAAGUCAGCAUGACGGCAAUAAUGUUGCGGCAACAUGUUGCAGGCAUUGUAUUGCUUGAAUGUUGCUAUUAUUAAAUUCAAUUGUAUGUCUGUCUGCCUUUCAUCGAACCAAUAUUUUCGAAUUAGAAACUGAAGCGUUGCGUUGUGGCGUUGAGUUAGUCCUCCAUUCACUACAACAAAAACAACAACAACAUCAAGACCUACACAACUCCUACAAAGUACUGUUUGUAUUUUACGUUAUUUGUUCUUGAAAAACGAAAACUACAAGAAAAUCUAAGUAAAAAUCACAAGCGAAAACUUUUAGAUAUUAAAAUAACAAUAAAAAAACAAUUAUCCAUUAUACUAUUACACAUCAGUUAAUAAAUGAGAACUUAUGUAUAUUUUUAGUUUAUAUUUUGCAAUAAACCCAAAAAAGAAAAGUUCAUGAAUAUUUCACUGCACAGCGUAUGUGUGAAUAGGAACUGCAAAAUGUGAAUUACGCGAAAAUGUAAUAAGUAAAA